CCCGGGUAUCUCUCUCUCUCUCUCUCUCUCUCUCACCAUCUCGCCCGCGUCGAGCUGGGCCGUACAUGAGCAAAAACGCCGCAAUAACGAAGUUGAGCACAAGAGGGAGGGAGAGAGAGAGAGAGAGAGAGAGAGAAAGAGGGAAUCAUCCCCGACCCCAACGGGAACGCACUCCACCGCACCGCGCCUCCCCCUGGGCCUCGCGCUCCGCGUUCCCCAAACACGCCACGGCGCGUCCCCCUCCCCCUCCCCCUUCGUUCGAUCCUGAUCCCGAUCCCGAUCACGAACGCGGAGGUGCGCAGCGCGAUGAUUUGAAAAUGGCGACGAGGAGGGCGGAGGAGAGAGGGGAGGGGGAGGGGGAGGGGGUCCCCGUCCCGAUCCGGCGCCUGGAGAUGGGCGACCACGCCAAGGGCUUCGUGGAGCUCCUCGGCCAGCUGAGCUCGUGCCCCGAGCUCACCGAGGCCGACUUCGGCGCCCGGUUCGCCGACCUCGCCGCGCUCGGCGACGACCACCUCGUGCUCGUCGCCGAGGACCCCCGGUCCGGGCGCAUCGUCGCCACGGGGAGCGUCUUCGUGGAGAAGAAGUUCAUCCGCGGCUGCGGCAAGGUCGGGCACAUCGAGGACGUGGUGGUCGACAAGGCGGCGCGAGGCCGCAGGCUGGGCCAGCGCGUGAUCCGCCGCCUGGCCGACCACGCCAGGGCGAUCGGCUGCUACAAGGUUAUCCUCGGCUGCAACCCCGACCUCAGGUCCUUCUACGUCGAGUGCGGAUUCGUCGAGAAGGACGUCCAGAUGGCGCUCUACUUCUGACGCCGCCCCCCCACCCUUAGAUCUAGGGUUUCCUCUCCUUCAGAUUCCUCUUUUGGAGUACGAGUAAAGGAAACAUACUUAAUCGGAGGCAUCGCUGCUCGAAGAAUCACGGCACAUGUUAGGUUAUGACCAAACCCUAGCAAAUUGGUUCUAAUGUGGAAACUCUUGGCCGUGAUCUCAUUAGCAAUUUAGUGGUUUUGCGUGUAGACAUCGAGACAUGUUUAUAUCAGAUCUAACAUAUGCCUGCAUGGACAAUUCAACGACUGAAAACGCCGCUGUUGCUGUACUGGUUCCUUGAGCUACAAACAUAAUGUGUGCUUAUGAAUGUUCUAGAACAUGCACGUGUGUUGAUGAAGAGGUUGGUUAUUGUGUCAAACUAGAGGAGAGGGUCUGAGAAAUGUGAGGAGGGAAAUUUUUUUGACAAAUCCUCAUACCUUAUUUGACUGAAUGUGUUUCUCAUCUUCUACACUGAUCUCUAUAGAAUAUUGUGAACAUCUUAAUUCAUGUUUGCAAAGUUGUUUAUUAAACUUGGGCAUCUAAGGUGGUGGUGGUGUUCAUUCCAUAGGAAGAGGGAUCUCUUGAGAAAUGCGAUCAUGGGGUUCUACUUCCAAUUUCUCAUAAAAUUUGUGAUCUGAAAGUUUUCCUCAUCUUUAUACUGAUUGGCUGUAAUAGUUGUGGGCAGAUAGAUUUCAUGUUUAUCAAGAUUUAGUGUUAUCUAACACCAAAUGAUUUUACAUUUA